ACGCCAUCGAGGGCAAGUAAACUCUUGACAAACUUUGACAUCGAUAUAUGUAUUUUUUGACUUGUACGUGGUUUUCAGUGGAUUGACUUGUUUGGGUCGUACCUUAUUUCACCACUUGUGUUGUGUGUUGUGCGGGAUCGUGUCACAUGUAGCUACGGAUAACCCAAGUUCCCGAGAUGACAUACAUGAUAUUGCAGUCAGUUUGCCAAAACGCUGACACGAACCGAUACAGUUGAGCCCCGCGCUUGCAUUUCAACCUUGUACCACUCCAUACCGUCACACCGUUUCACGUUCACAUGAGCGAUCGGCCCUUGAUUUCCCCCUUGUUCGUCGUUUACUGUAGAAUAAUUAAUUAAUAACGUCUAAGGUAGUAGCUAUAACGACUCGGACUUUUACUUCAUGCGUAGCCCCCCUCCCAACAUUGAAUUUUGACCAGGUGGACCGCGAACUCAGACGGGACAUCCUCGUAGCCGUGGACCAUGGCGGCCUAAUCAGGUCGAUAAUCUCUCACACGACCCGGCGAAAGAUGACUAUUUCUGCCCACUUUUUGAGGGCAUUCCUGAAACAUCCGAAGGCCCCUCGUAGCGAACGAGUGUCUUCCUCAUUGUCACAGUUGGCGAUCGCACAUGUGACCGUCCUUCCUAUGAACACAUCGGUGUUGUGUUUUGUGAAACACCUUCUUUUUUUUAUUCCCAUGGUUUCAAAGCUCCGCUCCUGGUCGAGCUGUGGGUCAGCGUUUGUUCGCGAGUGGCGGGUCUGUUAGCGAGCGGGCCGGUCACUAGCGGGAUAGCUGUCGGCGCGGUCACUGAGGUCCCCGGGUUACCCCAGCACGGACACAACGCGAGGUGUCAACGGACCACUCCGCUCUCUGGCGCUUCCCGGGCCGAUGUGGUGCCGUCGGGUUGCGGUGGAGAGUUGUGAACACUAAACCGUCUUACACUUGCCCCACUGUCACCUGGCGUUGGGCGUCUGGGGGACCCGCUGCCAUUACCGGUCUUAUCUCCCUCAGUUAGAGCUCCGGAACAACACAUGGUUUGGGAUACUUAGACGCGGAGGAUAUGUUGAACAGAAAAGCACAUGUCUUAAGAUAUCGCACAUGUAUAUAUUCCCGUGUUUGAGUUGCUUGUUUCGUGGUUAGCUGGAUCGGAAUUGUUUUUUUUUAGAUAGGCCUGCCGUAGGCUGCCCGCUGUAGGCAUGUGUAGAGGUCCGACCUGGGGUCUUUCUCAUUGAGGGCUGCUUGUAUGCCAAUCCCUCAUCCCUCAAGAUACAAACUUGGACCCUAGCCUGGUCGUUUAAUCGGCCCAAAUGAAAGUUCUGACCCAGGAAGUGACCAAGAUUAUAUUUUUUGCCCAACUUUUUGGUUUUGUCAAUGAUCAAGAACACCCUGGUUAUUUAUUUAUCACCCGAUUGUUUCAAUUUAACUUCCUGUUUGUGUGUGACCUAAUACGAUUUUAAAAUGCCAUUGUUACAUCGAUAAAGAUGAACAGUGUCUUGGACAUUUCGGGUUAUAUCAGAUUUGACCCAUAUAGUGCUCCUGCAUAUCAGUAUCCUGCUGAUUAUUAUCUAUGCCAGGAAAUCGAUUUAUUAUACAUUUAAGUCAAAUCGGUAUAAAACAUGGCACAUCACGAUGUAGAAUCUAUAUCGUUCCUUUGCUGUGUAUUUUACUUCUUGUUUGUUUCUGUUGUAUUUGUUCAAACCAACUCCUGUUUCCUCCAAGUCCCCCCUCCCCCCCUUCAAAUGAUCAGAUAGUUGGUGGACUAAACCGAUUUCUGAUUCUCAACAGACUGUGCCUCCAGAUGGAAUCCACUCGACACCCUGUGUUAUUUAUUGAUUAUAUCAAUCGUGGCUUGAUACUAUAUCGUUUCAUUGUGUCAAUAACAUUUUGAUCAGAAUUUGGUCCUGUAUUUUGAUCCUAUAUGGCAAUAUGAUUGGGAGAAGUGACUGCCAAUUACAGACAGGUGUUAACCAUAUACCAUCCGGGCCAGAGAUGGAAAACCUGCACUUAACACAGCGAUAUAACGAAAGUAACUACUAAAUGUGACACAUUACACUGCACUGCAAUAGUUGAUUCAGUUCUGCUUAUAAAAGGACAAGGACAUGACCCAGACAUUCCUUAGAGACUGAAAUAUAAUGGAAACCUGCAUGUUGGUAUAGUCGUUGAUGUGCUAAGAAAAAAAGGGCAAAUAAUAAUGAACUAAUUCGAUGCUUAGAUAUUUCAAGCCCAGAAUUUAAUCACUAAUGGUUUAUGCUGGAGGGAGCAAAUAGACAAUUUUGCUUUAUCAUUUGAUAAGAGCUUGUGGAUCAAGUGGCGAAACAAAUGAAUGUUUUUGUUGUGAGCAAACAUGGGUAAACGUCAGUUGUGGAGGUCAACACAGGAGACACCUUAUCUAUUAGUAGGCCUCAUUAUCUGACACACAUGGCAAUAACAAUAUGGGGGGCUUCAGGUAGCCUUUCAUUGUGAAAUUCAAAGAGAGCCGCCCGUCUAUUGUGCUCUGUAAAACUAUACGAAUAUCAUUGCUGUUAACGUUUACUACGCGCAAGUGGCCCAAACACCCGGGAUGUCGCUUCCUCGUGUUAAUUCCGCAACAACAGAAGAACCAUACCUCUCCCACUCUUUACGUGUUUCGCAUUCUCCUCUAGCAACCAUCGACCCUGUUCUAACCUAUUCAUUGACUUGCUUCCCUUCCUCACGAAGACACUCAUCCUCUGACACUCUGUGAUUAUUUUCGUUUAAGAAUACAAUUUAUCACUUCGUUACUUCGAUAACCCUUCUCAGUUUAGCGCACCGUUACACUCUUGGUUGCGAUCCCUCUUUCCCCUUGAGCGGCUGGAGCUCGAACUGCAUGCCGGUACCUGAAGUCCUUACUCCUCCCAGCUCGCCAAUACGUGAGCCUGGGCGUGGAUGGCGGAACACUACAUAUCCCAUGCGAGAUGUCCACCUUCUACCCCUCUUUCCCACCAGACUAGAGACUGGAGAUACUGUACUGGACUGUCUUGACGAACCCCCCUGGACUUUUAGAACCGAAAUCGUCGAGAUUAGUGGACAGCAGCGAGCAGUGGGGCGAGACGUUGGACCUUUAUUUGAGCCGAGCCAUGUGAUGUUUUUAUGCCAUUUGUACGAACGGAAUAUCACUGCAUCUCAAAGAAGCCUAUACUAAGUGGCCCACCACCUCCUUCUGUGAAAUGUUGUGUUAAAGAAACACCUAUGCAGGUGGAUCCUACGCUAAUGAAUGUAGGGGAUGGAGGCCCGGUGAGCAGAGAGGUCAGUGCUCCAAACAAAGCGUCUUCUCCCAGCAUGGUGGGGAAUCCCCCUCAGACGCUGCCCCCCGAGCUCCGAGGAGAUGUGGUCCUCAGUCAGCAGAAUCGGAACCCUGCGGCCAAGGACUGCACCGUAGCCAAGGAGAACUGUGUGGACACUCACAGCUACAAUCACACCCCGGAGGUGAGUCCGCCUCAGCAGCCCGGCAAGGCACCAGCGCCCGGCCCUACGCUCGCCGCUACGGACAAACCAGCGGAGAAGAGGCAGGACGUUGCCAAAAAAAACUCUGACGGGACGGUGGGGUGUCCUGCCUCUCAAUGGGUCGGCGGAUCCAGGGUCCGACCGGCGGAGUCGCUCGGCGCCGCCUACGGUAAUGCGACAUCCAGUAAGAAAUCGCAGACGAAAACGCAGUCUGGGAUGAGUCUUCCCCCUGGGUUCCAGUGCUCAACUUUAUUCAAACCAGGCCAGCCGGUCACUUUUGUCCCAGCCACCAACCUCCCCUCUCCCCUUUGUAAAAUCACUCUUCCGCCCGCACUGGGUCAGAUCGCAGCGCUGCGAGAAGCCGCAGCCACUCAGUUUCAACAGGAAGUCCCGCCUCAAACGCCCUGUUCCGGCGGGACGCUACUACCGAGGACCUACCCGUACCCCUUUUCGGUUGGACGGACUCCCCACCCGGAGAAGAAACCCGGCGCGGUGACGCCCAAGCUCAAAGCGACCCUUGCGUCGAAUAAAAGCGGGAAAUCCACGGGGAAAGAAGACAAGGCCUUGGCCUCUGCCGUGGCGUCGCCCCCGCCCACCACGGCUCCGCCUCUCCAGCCCCCGCCUCCCGGCACGGCCCCGCCCACCCGCUUCACGUUGUCUCCCACCGCCGCCAUCUGCUGUGCCCCUUCGCUGGCCACCAUCACCACUCAGAGCCGGCUACUCAACCAUGUGGAGAAAAGCAACACGGAGGACCAGACCUCCAUGGGCUGCCUGAACUCCAACCCCACGGCUGCUUUAGAGGACCACGGCGACAGCUGCCCCGCCGAGCAGCCGGACGUCCCCCUCGAUCUGUCGGCCAAGUCGAAACGUCCAAAGUGCACCAGUGAACCCUUAAACGCCGUCAGUGCAAAGGAGCGUCACCACAGCGAGUCAGACCACAGAGAGGCUCCUAAUAAUAAUAACAGUAAUAAUAAGAGGGGUAACACGACCAUUUACAGCUCAGCCGUACAAUACCCGGUUUUACCAAACAUGCAGCGAAACGGCUCUCAUCAAAGACAAACAAGCAGGCAGCCUGGUCACCAUGUCGCGGAGCCCAAGUCGUGGGGGAAGGGGCCCUCACCAGAUUCCAUUAAAAGUAUCCCAGGGACUUAUGUUGGAGUCGCCAGCCCUAUACUGGCUUCUACCUUGAGGGGUAAAGAUGGAAAGGGCACUUUUGUGGACGAAUUUCAGAAUUUUGCAAAGCAGGAAUUCAUAUCCAUCGUUGACCAAGGGGAACACCUGGCCUCAAAGGGCAAGAAGCCAUCCUUUCUAAUGAAAGGAACCCAGCAUCCUCAAAGCGCGAAGCACGCGAACCGCACCAGCACAGCUCUCCCCAAGAAAAGCCCGUCAAAAGUAGCCCCGAUCGCCACCCUGGUGGGCUCCGCUACCGUUCGUCAGGGCGUGGGGGCGGGCAAAACCCCCGCGGCGUUAUCCGCCGCCAUCGUCAAGCCAGCGUGGCAUCAGCCAGCCAUCCUGCCCAACCAGGGGGCAUCCGCUCAGAAAAAGGUCCCCCAAGGACCCCCAAAGACCAAGGGCAGCGGGAGUUCAGAAGCUCCCAAAUACCAGAGUGGCAGUCACAGCCCUCUGAAAGUGGAAGACAACAAGUGGGACCGGGUGAAGUCCCCGUUAUCCACCCUGGAGUCCAUAGUGAAGCAGAAAGCCCUGGAAACAAAAGCAUUUGUCGCUGACGGUUUGGCCCAAGCCCCAGCCGUCGCCGUAAAAAAGGCAGACGUCCCGAAUCCUCUCACCGGGGGCCAGGGCACACAGUCCAAACAACAGACCCUCGAAUAUCCACCGCCCUGGCCCACGGAGAGCCACGACAGGAAGCCGUCCGGCACCCCACACCAAGAGGCCCCGGCGCCGGCCGCCAACAAAACGGGGAGAGCAAAGGCCAGCGAGCGCAGAGAAACCAGUACGGAGCCGCAGGUUCCCAGUCAGGGACUUCAUGAACAACGGGUCUGCGCUAAACCUGCUGCCUUCAGGGCAAGUGCCUCCAUGAACGGCAGCAGGAGGGAGAGUAAACUGGCCCAGGUCUUGGAGGGCGAGUUACUGAAGGACCAUAGCGGAGUGCCGACGGACGAGCCGCGCAAUGCCAAGUUACAGGGAGUCGUUCACUCCCUUCUGACCGGCCGGUGUCUGACAGGCACCGGCGGGGUCGACAACAAAACAAACGGGACCAAAGAGAAGUCACCCACCAAGGCAAAAUCGUCUGUGAGCAAACAAAAGGCAGCCGGCACUAAAAAGCCUGCAACGGAGAAAUCGCCGCCGGAGCCAUCAAAGAAAGCCACCGUGACCGUGAAGAAGAGGCCGGACAAGGAAAGCACUCCGCUGAAAGUGCCCUGUCUCAAAAAGCAAAAGAAGCCGUGUGCAACGGUGGGGGAGAGGAGUGCAUCAGCAGACGAACCUCCUUCGCACAAUAAAGAGGAGUUGCCCAACAACAGGAGCUCCCUCCACAAAGGGGAACAGGCAACUCUCCGAACACCAGAUGGCGGGCUGAGCAGCCCUCGGAGUCUAGACUCCUCUGCCUCCCCGCGUGGCCUCAGCGCGUCCACUAAGACCGCCAAAUCUCCCGAGAGCUCCACUCCAAGACUGAGACGGGGUCGGCGGCGGUGCGAUGAGGCUCCGCCGGAGGACCCCUGGGGCUUCGCAUCCCCCUCGCCCCCGCCCCCUGCCGCCUCCCUCCGCAGCCCCCCUUCUCCGUCUCCUCCUCCGCCACCUGCUCCUUCCCCGCCGCCGCCCGCCGCUCCCGCGCCCGCGCAGCCAGCGCGCCGCCCCAGGGGCCGGCCCCGCAGCAACCCGCUGCCCAGGGACACGAAGCCGGCCAAGGUCAGGACGCCGGCGGCCGCCGCCGCCGCCCCCCCGGCUGCGGGAGACACGCCGGCCCACAAGAAGCGCCGGCGCUGCCGCAGCAGGAAGUACCAGAGCGGGGAGUACAUCGUGGAGAAGGACAGGCUGGAGGACCAAGGACCCCAGAGCCCCACCCCAAACGACGGAAAGACAGACGAUUUACAGAGCGGUUUAUCCCCAAGUCACGAGGCCUCCAGUCCUGCCCUGGCCCUCCAAGGGGCCCUGUUUACCCGCUCGGGGUCCGGCGGCUACCACGAGAGUGAGGUGUCCCCGGAGGGCAGCGACAAGCCGUCAGGAAAGAGGAAGUUCAAAACCAAACACACCGACAAUGAGGAGCCCAAGGCGAAGCCCAAGCGCGGCGGCUUGGGGAAGCGUUCCGCUUCGUUACCGCCCGACGAGGACACCGCCGCGAAGAAGCGCACCAGUCCCCCGGCCACGCCGAAGAGCCCGCUCUCCCCACCGCCCAGUAAGAAAGGCUCCGCAGGCUGGGGCAGCGGGCCCGAGUCGCCGCCCAGGAAGCCCGUCCCCCCAGAGGUCCGUCGACUGAUCGUCAACAAGAACGCCGGGGAGACCUUGCUCCAGCGGGCCGCCAGGCUCGGCUACCAGGAUGUCGUCCUUUACUGUCUGGAGAAGGACAUCCGAGAGGUCAAUCGGCGUGACAACGCCGGCUACACGGCCCUCCACGAGGCGUCGUCCCGGGGAUGGACGCAGAUCGUCCAGAUCCUGCUGAGGCACGGGGCUGACGUCAACUGCAGCGCCCAGGACGGAACGCGGCCCAUUCACGAUGCAGUGGCCAGUGAUAACCUCCCAAUAGUGUGGCUGCUGCUCAAUCACGGGGCAGACCCCACGCUGGCCACCUACUCCGGACACACAGCAGUCAAGCUGGCCCACAGUCCCAACAUGAAGACCUUCCUCACAGAAUACUUCACCGAUUUGGAAGGACGGUGCGAGCAUGAUCCCUUUCUGCUGUGGGACUUCCACAGUAGUUCCCUGUUUGAGAGCGAGCAGGAGCCCUGCUGGGAGUUCCUGCUGUUGGAGCAGAACGGGGAGCAGGAGGAGCAGGGGAGAGGUCCGGCCGACGGGGACCCCGACAGAGACGGCCUGCUGUUUGAGUUCUCCUCGGAGCCGCUGCUGCCCUGCUACCACGUCCAGGUGUCACUCACCCAAGGCUACUGCAACUGGUUCCUGCUGGCGGACGUCCUGCGGCGGCUGAAGAUGUCCACGCGCAUCUUCCGCUCGCGCCACCCCCACCUGGAGGUGGUGAGCCUGGCGGGGGCGGAGCUCUGGAGGCAGGUGGCGCUCAGCCAGGUGAGCGGCGCCCUGGCCCCGCCCCACCGGGGGAAACGGACGGAGCGGGACGAGGAGGACGAGGAGGACGAGGAGCAGGACGAGAAGGGAGACGAGGAAGGUGGGGACGAGGAAGGGCAGGUGGAGCUGGUGCGCUGUGUGGCCGAGCUCCAGAGACUGCUGGGCUCCUCCAUCCACAUCCUGCCCGAGGAGGAGCAGGCGACGGAGGUGGAGCGCGCUUGUGUCGGCAGGCCUCGUGGUCGAUAGCCCCCCCCCCCCCCUCGUCGUGCUUCAAAAGCUUAACCUUGCGUCUACCCUAUUGUGCUCCCUCGGGAGGGUGCAGUUGUAAGAGAGAAUCCUCUCCAUCCCGGGUUUUUUUUCAGCAAGGCUGGUGGAUGAUUUGGGGGGUCCAAGCGCUUAAACUCUCGCCAGGGUCUGGGACUGGACCGGUCUCUCUGACCUCUUGACCUCAGCUGUAGGUCCAUCAUCUGGUGGUCAAAGAAAGGACAAAAGCGCACAGGAACAGACAAGUGACGACACUUGGUGCUCAGAAGUAUAAAUAUAACAGCAAUCAGGUUCCUAUCAAUAGGUCAAUUUGAUUACACAUGAAUUAUGGAACACUUUUUUUGAUUGAAUGAUCAUGAUUUAAUUAUAAUUAUAAUAGUGGUCUCGUGGCGAGAGGUGGGACGACAUCGACGAUCAGAACUUUUUGGUAUUGAGUUUGUUCCUGAUGGGAAAGCGCCUCAUGCUUUUUUUUUUUUUCUUUCGAGGGGAAAGAUAAUCCAAGUCAUUUUUUCUUUUUUUUUUCUCUUGGUGAAAUACGGCUAAGAGGCUUAGGGCCGGCUUGACCCGGUCCAGAUGGUCUCUCUAUGGACCUGGGGACACCCGGGCCCCCUGCAGCGGUCCGACCCCACGGCACAUCGUAUUGUCCUGCAAACGCACCCUUCUCCCCCUCUCUCUCGCACACAGCUUUACCCCGACCCCCCCCCCCUUACCGCUGACACACUUCAUGUUCUUAUCCAGAGGAGACGGUGUACAAAACAUUACCGGACACACCCUAUUCUUUUUGCUGUGUGUUACCAUUUCACACAAAACAACGGUCCCAGGCUCGGCUACAAAGUGAUUUUAAUUUCUUCGGGGUACCUUGUUGUUUUUAUUUGUAACAUUUUUUAAGGGGGAAUACUUGAGAAUGUGAACUUGUUUACAGAUUUGCGAAGAUGAAAAGUUUUUGUAGCUACGCCCUCCGCCCGCCCCCAUCCCGGAAGCCUCCUCCCGGAGCCGUCUUCUCUCCUUGCUGCGUGUUUUUAUUUACACUGUUUUUGUUUUGUUUGUCUGUGCUUAAUUUAAUAGUCAUUAAUAUAUUUGACCUUUUGUGUAUGGGACAGAACUAUCUAUUGAAUCUUGUUUUGUUUUGUUUUGUAUAUGGUUGGUGCUUCAUUUCUUUGAAUUGUACUAAUUAGGAUUCCUUGAUUCAGUUUUUUUCUUUUUCUCUUCCUGAUUGGAAAAAAACAGUAUUUCAGCAAAGCAAAAGUACAGUUUUAAUGUACUGGUGCUAAAGUUUUGUGUUGACAAUCAAUGAAGUUUUUGUUGGAGGUCAUGAAGUAAAGAAAAGAUAUUUAAGAUAAUGUGAUCGAAAGGUAAAUAAAAGUAUAGUGAAUGGGAUACACCAAGCCUUCAAGCAACCUGUGUGAGAACAAUAAAGAAACUUUUAUUUGACUCCUUUUGUACGAAAUUGACAGGAAUAAAGCAUGAUUGUUAAUGUGUUAAUCAGAAUUAGUCUAAAAUGAGUGCCAUUUGCUGACUGAUGCAUUACAGCUAGGAAUCUGUACACUAACACAUUAUAUUUUACAACUGAUCAGGGCUUUUGCACUCGUAUAGAAAAGGGUCGCAAAAAUAAAGGUCUGCAUUUGCAGGGCGGGUCAAAAGGUUUUAUACAAGGCCGGGACAAACAGUACACCGAAACGGGGAACCCUCCGCUGGCCCAGAUAUCACCGAGAGGUUGUUCACUAGAGGGCGCCAGGGACCGGAAAUCAACAUCUGAAACUGAAAGCGCUGAACUGAAAUCAAUCUUUUCUCUUCCUAGUAGACUUUACAAUGAGUUGGUAGGCCUAGCAUGAGUUACCACCUUCGUAAAUAUUCUGAAUUCAGACCGUAUGUGUGACAUAGUUGAGACAUAUAAUUGCAUAAACAUCAACGUAACCUUUGUCAAGAACUCCAACCUGGCGUACGUUUAAUUGUUAAACGUAAUCACCAGCACAUACUUCGGCACUACUUUUUAGAUAAUUAAACUUUGACGGAAAAUCUUCAUACAUAGGCAUAUCAUUACAAUGUGGAAAAAGAACAGGAACACGAAAUAUCUAAUCGUUAUUUGCUACUUUAUUCUUCAACACAUGCAAAUCAGAGAUGGGUUACUCGGUUGGUGGCAUUGUAUCGUGAGAAUGUGACUUCCCCUUACACAGAGCCCCACUGGCCAGAUGGUGUCUAAACACUGUACCGUGUGACAGGCAGACCAUGCGGGGUUACCAGCGUUCAGCCACAGCCAGCGCAGCAGCAGCACGGCCGUUAUCGCGCAAGAAGCCAGCCCAGGAGUGCUUUGGGUGCGUGCGCAUCCGUAUAAACUCGCCUGUCUGAACGCCUAUAAAAGUAGAUAGAUAGAUAUAUAUUUUAUUAAU